ACGGCCGGCCUUCCUUCUCCCCGGGAGCAGGGCCGGCCUUCCUGUCCCGGCAGGAAGCCAUCCCAUCCUCCCUCGCGAGCGUGUCUGUCGCGGUUCGGAGGCCGUUGGGGGAAGCGUUGUGUAGUGGGCCGAGAUGGCGGAUGUGCUGGACCUUCACGAGGCGGGUGGGGAGGACUUCGCCAUGGACGAGGACGGCGACGAAAGCAUUCACAAACUGAAGGAAAAAGCAAAGAAAAGAAAAGGCAGAGGUUUUGGAUCAGAGGAGGGCUCCAGGGCCCGUGUUCGUGAGGACUAUGACAGUGUGGAGCAAGAUGGUGAUGAACCGGGUCCUCAGAGAUCGGUGGAAGGUUGGAUCCUCUUUGUCACGGGUGUGCAUGAGGAGGCUACUGAGGAGGACAUUCAUGACAAGUUUGCCGAGUUUGGUGAGAUCAAGAACCUCCACUUGAAUCUUGACCGGCGGACAGGCUAUCUGAAGGGUUACACACUGGUGGAAUAUGAAACAUACAAAGAAGCCCAGGCAGCCAUGGAGGGCCUGAAUGGACAGGAUCUGAUGGGGCAGCCCAUUAGUGUGGAUUGGUGCUUUGUCAGGGGACCUCCUAAAGGAAAACGAAGGAGUGGCCGUAGAAGAAGUCGAAGUCCUGACCGAAGAAGGCGCUGAAGGGGCUUCCAUUUUGCAACUUCUGCACUGUGGGUGCCUCAUACUUCAUCUUCCUCAACUUGCUGGCUGGGUUCCCAGGGUGGGGGCACAGUUGGGGAAAGCUGAUACAGCGUGUGGUCUUGGCAAAGGGGAGAGAGAUUUCCAUUUAUAAUGGGAUGUGAACAUUUGUCCUAAUUGCCACCUGUUUAAUUUUGUAUUUGACUAAUCAUUUUUAAUUUCUUUUUCUCAGCCUCUCGACUGCUGUAUCAAAUCUCCAGUUUUUUGUGUCCUUUGACGAUGCCCCCUUUUCUAUGUUUGUAAACAUAAUUCUGGUUUUAAUUCCAAAAUGGAUCUCUGAAACAGCAUUCAGAAUAAAAGGUUAUGUUUUUUUAAACUAUGUUAACCAUUUUUAAUUACAAUGUCGUAAAUGGCAUAAACUUGAUUUACACUUGUGACUCCAGUAGCUUGUUUAUGAGUUUCAGAAUUCUAGAGCAGAAACAAUAACUCGAGACCCUCGAAUGCAGUCCUCUGCUCAGGGUGUGAAUGCAAAUAAAAGCCUCCAAAUGGA